UAUGCUCCCCAACUCCAAGUCCUCCCCAUAUGCUCGGUGGAUAUUAGCAGUGGACACCAUAACUAAAACUUUUUUUACCUUUUCUGCACAUGCCACAAGGAGAAGUAGAAGACGUCAAGCAGCAGCAUGCAAGUUGAAUCCAUGCGGUCACACAACACAAGACAACAAGAGUGAGUUGUGUUCGGAGAAUAUCGACCAUGUCUGAACCACAAGCAGUUGAAGAUGAAGACAAGUCAAAGAAUUCGACGAGGAAGCCUGGGAAUUCUGCUAGUUAUCCAGUUGGGUUAAUAGACAGAGAGUCUUUGAUGAUGAUGGAUGUUGACUUGGAUCUUGAUGCUUCUUGGAUCUUCGAUCAAAUUUCGACUGACCCGGCUUCCCCUUUUCUUCUCUCCGACCAGCCUUUCUCUCCUCUCUGGCCUUUUUCUGAUGAUGCUUCUGCUCUCUCUGCUCCGCUUACUGGGGUUUCUCUUCCUCUUUUACCCUCAUGUGAUCCACAAUUGACUUAUGACAAUAAGCAAUGUUCGAGUAAUGAUAAAAAGAGUCUUCCUUCACCACUGUUGGGUUUAGUUCCAUUAGAUUAUUCAGACGGGUCUUGUUUGAUUAAGGAGAGGAUGACGCAAGCUCUUCGCUACUUCAAAGAAUCGACUGAACAACAUGUUCUAGCACAGAUUUGGGCACCUGUGAAGAAGGGAGAUCGAUAUGUACUCACAACUUCAGGCCAGCCAUUUGUUCUUGGCCUCAAUAGUAGUGGACUGCAUCAGUAUAGAAUGGCAUCAGUGAUGUACAUGUUUUCUGUUGAUGGGGAGAGCAACCUCCUUGGUCUUCCUGGUCGUGUCUUUCAACAGAAACUUCCUGAAUGGACACCUAAUGUGCAGUAUUACUCAAGUAAGGAAUAUCCUCGUCUUGACUAUGCUUUGCAUUACAAUGUUCAAGGAACGUUAGCUCUUCCAGUGUUUGAGCCUUCUGGUGGGGCCUGUCUUGGUGUACUUGAGCUCAUAAUGACUUCGCAGAAAAUCAAUUAUGCACCUGAGGUUGAUAAAGUUUGCAAAGCACUUGAGGCCGUAAAUUUGAAAAGUUCAGACAUCUUGGAUCACUCAAGCAUACAGGCAAGCAAAAUUUGCAAUAAAGGCCGUCAAAAUGCACUAGCUGAGAUCUUGGAAGUAUUGACUUUGGUAUGUGAAACCCACAAAUUACCUCUGGCUCAGACUUGGGUCCCUUGCAGGCAUCGGAGUGUUCUAGCUUAUGGUGGUGGUUUAAAAAAGAGCUGCAGUAGCUUUGAUGGAAGUUGCAUGGGUCAAGUAUGCAUGUCUACAACUGAUGUGGCAUACUAUGUUGUAGACUAUCACAUGUGGGGCUUCCGUGAGGCUUGUGCUGAACAUCACUUGCUGAAGGGGCAAGGUGUUGCAGGGAGAUCAUUCUCUUCCCAGAGUUCCUGCUUCUGUGAAGAUAUUACCAAGUUCUCCAAAACUGAGUACCCCUUGGUACAUUAUGCUCGUAUGUUUGGACUAAGUAGCUCUUUUGCUAUAUGCUUACAGAGUAGUCAUACAGGAAAUGAUAAUUACAUUUUGGAGUUUUUUAUGCCACCAAACACAUUGGAGGGUAAUAAGCAUUACACCAUGUUGGAUACGAUGCUGGCAACUAUGAAGAAGCAAUUUCGAAGUCUUAAGGUUGCUUCUGGGAAAGAACUUGACGAGGAGGGGAGAUCUGUGGAAGUUAUUGAAGCAUCAUCAGAUGGGGAUCCUGAUUCAAGAAUUAUAUCUGUUCAAAAAUUAGAAUCUAAUGUAAUUCCAUGUACUGUAACAAGGGAUGGAGAAAACGGACAUGUUGAUUUGUCAGGAAAGCCGAUAAUACAGAAGUCUGAUGCAGUAACUAAUAUAGCUAAUGUUGCCGGAUCUGGGGAAAUUUCAAAUGGUGCUCCUUUAUCAGAAAAUAAAGAUGCAAAAAAGAAAUCAGAGAGAAAACGUGGAAAGGCUGAGAAAUCCAUCAGCUUAGAGGUACUGCAGCAAUAUUUUGCUGGCAGCCUAAAGGAUGCUGCAAAAAGUCUUGGUGUUUGCCCUACAACUAUGAAGCGCAUAUGUAGGCAACAUGGGAUAUCUAGGUGGCCGUCUCGCAAAAUCAAUAAAGUUAAUCGUUCCUUGUCCAAGCUGAAGCGGGUAAUUGAAUCUGUGCAAGGUGCAGAAGGUACAUUUACUUUAACUUCGUUGGCUAAAAGUUCACUUCCGGCUGGGGUGGGUUCGGUUUCGUGGCCUGUCAGUUUGAAUGGAUCUAGUCCACAGAAUUCACCAGUUUCUAUACCAUCUGAGGUUAGAGCAGAAAUUAAUAAUGAUGGACAAGCUGAAAAUAUAGACCUUCCUUCUGGAGGAAGGUUACAAUGUGAGGAUGAAUACAUUCACUUGCAAGGGGGAUAUAUACCGGAGUUGGGUGAAGGUUCAAAUCGGUCGAAAACAGGCAGUGGAUCAAGAGAACACAGCACUGGCACUCCUACCUCUCAUGCUUCAGCCCAAGGUAGCCCCUUUAAUGUGAAUAAUUCCUCGCAAAAUGAUCAAGUAGUUUCUCUUUUGGGUGAGGAUUGCUUGAAAGUAGGGGCCUCGUUUGAAAUGGCUCGUCAACCAAUUAAAGAGGCAAAUCUACCUGUUGCAUUUCCCGUUCCUAAUGUAGUUGUAGGAGCAGAAACUGAAGAAUUAUUUGGGGGAAUGCUAAUCGAAGAUGCAGGAAGUUCACAUGAUUUAACAAAUCUCUGUCAAACAGGAGGGACUUUUCCUGAUGAAAGGAUACCAGAGUCCAGUUGGGCAAAUCAGCCUCCUAGUGAUGAGUUUCUCAAGGGAUCGGUUCCGCACCUUGAGGAAAAGCCACAAAUUCCAUCUAGGACCGAAGUGAAGACUGUGACAGUAAAGGCAACAUACAAAGAAGAUAUAAUUAGGUUCAGGUUGCCAUUAAGUUCUGGCAUUAUAAAGUUGGAGGAGGAAGUGUCAAAGAGGGUAAAAUUAGAGGUAGGUACGUUUGAUCUUAAGUAUCUAGAUGAUGAUCAAGAAUGGGUUUUGAUUGCGUGUGAUGCAGACCUGCAAGAGUGUGUUGAAAUAUCAAGGUCAUCAGGGCGAAAUAUAAUCAGAUUGUUGGUUCAAGACAUAAUGGCGAAUCUUGGGAGCUCCUGUGAGAGCUCAGGGUGACUAGGAGGAAGAUUAGGUUGUAAAUACAACACAAUCCAUUAUAACACUCCUGCAGUGUUAUCGUUUAACAUGGGCACUGGGCAGGAUGCAAUACAAGUUUUAGAAUUUGGUGGAAAAGUUGCCAAUGUUGUAAGACAUUUACAGCCAGGUAUCUUGUGGAUGUAUCGAGGCUUGCAAAGUUUGAUUGCUUAAGGUCUACAGGGCUGAUUGUUGCCACCAUAAUACAGUAGUGACAGGCCAUUAUUCUUGAUGAUGCAUACAGCAUAUAUGUAAAAAUUAUUAUUAUCCUUGUGCCCUAGUUGUGGUAGCACUUGGGAUUUUGGAAGCAUCAAAGUGGCUUGUAAUGGUAUCGGAGUAGAUGUUAUUGUUUGCUAGCUGGAAAAUGACGUCCAAUUGCUACAACCUUUGUGUCUUGUAGAUGUUUAGACAAUACCAAGUGAAAAUAAUGUAUUACGUUUAAGUUUAACCAGUUCGGAAAAGUUUUGAAA